AUGGAGGCUCUUCUCCGCCAGUCGAGGACCAUGUGCCCGUUCCUCCACAAGACGUCCCCCGCCACGCUUCGCUCGCUCUCGACCACCGCCGCCAGCCACGAUGUCUCCCCCAGCGCUGGAAGCAUGUCGAACUUGCAGGUGCUUGGCAAGCGCUGUCCCAUCAUGGGCAAGGCACUUGCCGUCCAGAGCGCCCGUACCGGCAACAGCGCCCUCGCUGGUGCUUUCGGCGGUGUCCGCGCUUACCACUCCCGUGUCAAUCGCGCCAAGUUGCACACGACUGCGCACAAAGAGGCUCACGUCGAGAUAGAGCGCGUUCGCGGCCAGCAAGGCCCGAUCCCCUUCCCUCCUGCAGCGACGAAGUCAGCCAUUGCCAAAUCCGCCAACGUCGGCAACGCCAAGUCCGCACACUUCGAUUACGAGGCAUACUAUGAGGCCGAACUGGACAGAAAGCACAAGGACAAGUCCUACCGCUACUUCAACAACAUCAACCGACUGGCCAAGGAGUUUCCCCGCGCCCAUAAGGAGUCGCCUGAGGACAAGGUCACCGUAUGGUGCUCCAACGACUAUCUCGGCAUGGGCCGCAACCCGGCCGUGCUGAAGUCGAUGCACGAGACGCUUGAUAGCUACGGAGCUGGUGCUGGAGGCACCAGGAACAUUUCUGGCCACAACCAGCAUGCAGUGGCACUGGAAGAUACCAUUGCGAAGCUCCACUCGAAGGAGGCUUCUUUGGUUUUUUCUUCGUGCUACGUCGCAAACGAUGCCACUCUUGCGACCCUCGGCAGCAAGAUGCCCAACUGUGUCAUCCUUUCGGAUAGCCUGAACCACGCUUCGAUGAUUCAGGGUAUCCGUCAUUCUGGCGCGAAGAAGAUGGUCUUCAAGCACAACGACGUUGCUGAUCUUGAGGCCAAGCUAGCUUCAAUCCCCGCUGAAUACCCCAAGAUCAUUGCGUUUGAGAGCGUCUACAGCAUGUGCGGCUCCAUUGGCCCUAUCGAGGAGAUCUGCGACCUUGCAGAGAAGUACGGCGCCAUCACAUUCUUGGAUGAGGUACACGCCGUUGGCAUGUAUGGAUCGCACGGUGCCGGUGUAGCGGAGCACCUCGACUACGAAGCUCACAAGGCCGGCAAGCCUCGGGGCACAGUCAUGGACCGCAUCGACAUAAUCACCGGCACGCUUGGAAAGGCAUACGGCUGUGUUGGCGGCUACAUUGCAGGUUCUGCCAAGCUUGUGGACACCAUCAGGUCUCUUGCACCUGGGUUUAUUUUCACCACUUCGCUCCCCCCGGCGACUAUGGCUGGCGCAAAGACCGCGAUUGAGUACCAGUCCAGCUACCAGGGUGACAGGCGUCUCCAGCAGCUGCACACGCGUGCAGUGAAGGAUGAAUUGAAUGCCCGGGACAUUCCUGUAAUCCCCAACCCUAGCCACAUUGUGCCAGUCUUGGUUGGAAACGCAGAGACCGCCAGGAAGGCUUCCGAUCUCCUCCUUGAGGACUGGGGUAUCUACGUGCAGGCCAUCAACUACCCCACCGUGCCUGUUGGCCAGGAGCGUCUGCGUGUCACCCCGACCCCCGGCCACGUACGCGAAUACCGAGAGCACCUGGUCGAGGCAUUCGACGCUGUUUGGAAGCAGCUCGGUAUCAAGCGCACCAGCGAGUGGGCUGCUGAGGGUGGCUUCAUUGGCGUUGGCGAGGCCAACAAGGCCGAAGAGCUUCCUCUGUGGACCGACGAGCAGCUUGGCGUCGACACUGUGUUGAAGGAAAUGAAGGCCGGCCAGGGUGCUACUGGUAUCCUGGAGGCUGUUCUUGAGAACGAGCGCAAGGCCACAGCUCACGCUGUUAGUGCUGCUGCUUAG